AUGCGACUCUUUUCUUCGCUAUGUCUCCUUCUCCUGGCGUUUCUCGGUGCCGUGUCGGCGCGGAGCGCGAUUGGAAAUAAAGUCCUUGUGGUGUUGGAAGAUGAAUCGCAGAAGUCACUUUAUUCCAAGCUCUGGGCUGACUUAGAGGCGCGGGAAUUCCAAUUGUCCUUCGAAUCACCCCGAAACGACGGCCUGUCCCUUUUCACACAUGGCCAGUUGGCUUAUAAUCAUCUACUCCUUGCACCACCGAAAUCCAAGGGCUACGGACCAGCAUUGACACCCAAGCUCCUCCUCGACUACGUCAACGCGGGCGGAAACGUCCUGUUAGGCCUAUCCUCCGACUCGGGAACGCCCUCCGCCAUCUCCUCCCUACUGCUCGAAUUCGACAUUUCAUUACCUCCUGACAAGACCUCUGUUGUCGUGGAUCACUUCAACUUCGAUAUUGUCUCCGCUUCCGAGAAACAUGAUGUCCUGCUCGUCAACCGUCCCGGUCCUUUGAGACCGGAUGUGGUCAAUUUCUUUGGUGGUGACGGCAUUUUGGCUGUGCCGAAAACAGUUGGACAAACACUAGGGAACACCAGUCCUUUACUGGCGCCGAUUCUGAAGGCACCAACAACUGCAUAUGCAUACAAUCCAAAAGAGGAUACAGAAAGCGUGGAAGAACCAUUCGCCACCGGAUCGCAACUGACAUUGAUUUCUGCGAUGCAGGCGAGAAAUUCUGCUCGAUUUACGGUUCUUGGAUCAUUAGAAAUGUUACAAGAUAAAUGGUUCGACGCCUCCGUCAAGGCUCCUGGUGGAAAGAGUGUCAAGACUGUCAAUCGAGACUUUGCAAUGCAACUGACGGCGUGGACAUUCAAGGAGGUUGGUGUCCUCGAGGUCUGGAGUGUCCAACACCAUCAAAUCACCACGUCCGCCAAAUCGGGCGAGAACACUACGCAACUGGGUGAAUACAAUCCCGGUAUCUAUCGAAUCAAAACCGACGUGAAAUUCGCCAUUGAAAUCGCCCAAUGGGACCGUACGCAAUUUAUCCCUUUCGUCGUCCCUGACACAGACGCCCUCCAGCUCGAAUUCAGCAUGCUCUCGCCGUUCCACCGCAUCCCGUUGUCCCCCACCUAUCACAGCGCAAACAGCACUGUAUUCACCACGACCUUUACCACGCCCGACCAGCACGGCAUCUUCACAUUCAAAGUCAAUUACAAACGACCUUUCUUGACAUAUCUCGAGGAGAAGAGACAGGUCACUGUCCGCCAUGUCGCCCACGAUGAGUGGCCUCGGUCCUGGGCCAUUAGCGGCGCCUGGCCCUGGAUCGGUGGUCUAUGGAGCGUGGUUGUGGGCUUUUUACUCUUUGUGGUCCUGUGGUUGUACUGUGAGACGCCGAAGGAAGAGGUUGAGAGGAGGCGGAAGCUCAGUGUUAGUCUGGCUGGUUCGAAGUGA